AACAUGGAAAAGGUGCUGGUGCCUUCUGUCACGUUAAUUGUAGGCUGUGGAGUAUCUUCGCUGACACUUUUGCUGUUGAUUAUCAUUUAUGUCUCUGUUUGGAGGUAUAUUCGCUCAGAACGCUCUGUCAUUCUUAUCAACUUCUGCCUAUCCAUCAUCUCCUCCAAUGCUCUCAUCCUGAUCGGACAGACCCAGACCCGGAAUAAGGUGAUUUGCACGCUGGUGGCGGCUUUCUUGCACUUCUUCUUCCUCUCCUCUUUCUGCUGGGUGCUGACCGAGGCUUGGCAAUCCUACAUGGCCGUGACGGGCCGGUUACGGAACCGCAUCAUCCGCAAGCGCUUCUUGUGUCUCGGAUGGGGGCUCCCUGCCUUGGUGGUUGCCAUUUCUGUGGGAUUCACUAAAGCCAAGGGGUAUGGCACCGUGAACUACUGCUGGCUGUCGUUAGAGGGAGGUCUUCUCUAUGCCUUCGUGGGACCGGCAGCUGCUGUCGUUUUGGUGAACAUGGUUAUUGGCAUUCUGGUUUUUAACAAACUUGUAUCCAAAGAUGGAAUAACAGAUAAGAAACUGAAGGAACGGGCAGGGGCAUCCCUUUGGAGCUCCUGUGUGGUCCUACCUCUCCUGGCUCUCACUUGGAUGUCUGCAGUUCUGGCAAUCACAGAUCGGCGGUCAGCACUCUUCCAGAUCCUUUUUGCUGUCUUUGACUCAUUGGAGGGCUUUGUCAUCGUUAUGGUCCAUUGCAUCCUAAGGCGGGAGGUCCAGGAUGCUGUGAAGUGCCGAGUAGUAGAUCGUCAGGAAGAGGGCAAUGGAGACUCAGGGGGGUCAUUUCAGAACGGACACGCUCAGUUAAUGACCGAUUUUGAGAAGGACGUGGAUAUGGCUUGUAGAUCAGUGCUGAAUAAGGACAUCACCACCUGCAGGACCUCAACCAUCACAGGAACACUGAAGCGUCCAUCACUGCCAGAUGAAGAGAAAUUGAAACUCAAUCACCAGAAGGGGUCAUCAAACUUUAACAGUCUUCCAGCCAAUGUCUCCAAGAUGCAUCUUCAGGGCUCACCACACUACCUGGGGGCCAUCAACCUGAAUGAGUUCAGCAAUCACACUCUCACUCUGAAGAAAGACAAGAACCAGCCGCCUAAGUCCAUCUACAUCUGUGAUGGGGACAUCUUCAAGAAGUUGGACUCAGAACUUUCCCGGGCACAAGAGCAAACACUGGACACCAGCUACGUUAUUCUGCCUACCAACACGUCUACUUUACGGGCCAAACCGCCCAAAGACGAGAGCAAAUACAGCAUCAAUAUUGACCAGAUGCCCCAGACACGGCUCAUCCACCUCAGUAUGGCUACUGACCCAGGCUUUGUUGUCAAGAGUCCUCCACGGGAGCCUGUAACCAUGACAUGCAGUGAGGUGCAAGGUUCCCCCAUGAUACAACAACAGCAGCAGCUGGCUCCACAAAAUAUCUCCAACGAGUCACAGAUUCCCAACAGCCUGUGUGACACAGGUGACUCAGGGAACUCGGGUGUGGUGUCCAAGAGUGAGACCGUCUCCACCCUCUCCAUGAGCUCCUUGGAGAGGCGGAAAUCCCGGUAUGCAGAGCUAGAUUUUGAGAAAAUCAUGCACACAAGAAAACGUCACCAAGACAUGUUCCAAGACCUGAACAGAAAACUCCAGCACGCAGAGAAGGAGAAGGAGUCUCCAACAACGGACAGCAAGCAAGAAAAACAGCAGACACCAAACAAGAGACCCUGGGAAGGAAUCAGGAAAGUCCAGUCCCCACCAUCAUGGGUUAAAAAGGACAUCGAACCUGUGGCACAGUCUCCCCUAGAACUAAAAACUGUAGAGUGGGAGAAAACAGGGGCCACCAUCCCUUUGGUGGGACAAGACAUUAUUGACCUUCAGACAGAGGUCUGAGCCGAAAGGGAAAA